AAUGGAAUCAGAUACUUGUUACUACUUACUAGUAUAUGUCAGCUGGCUCUGUAGUUCUUUUGUAUAUCAUCAAACAAAACACAGCCAUCCCUUUUCUUUCAUCGUCUCUACUCAGCAUCUAAGCUUCCUUACUUUCGCUGUAUAUCCAUGGAGGGUGAAAAGGAUCAAGCUGGUGGGAAAAAGUUGAGCAUAGUUGUGGGACCAUGGGGCGGUAAUGGCGGAAACUAUUGGGAUGAUGGCAGUUACAGUGGGGUGAGAGAAAUCACACUUGCUUAUGACCGCUGUAUUGAUUCAAUCCGCGUGGUGUAUGACAAGAAUGGCAAGCCUGUUGCAGCAGAACAACAUGGAGGUGUCGGAGGGACUAGAACGGCAGAGAUUAAGCUGCAAUACCCGGAGGAGUUCUUAACAAGCGUUAGUGGCCACUAUUGUCCGGUGGUGUAUGGCGGCAGCCCUGUGAUCCGAUCGCUCACGUUCAAGAGCAACCGAAGAAGCUACGGGCCAUUUGGAGUCGAAGAAGGGACCCCAUUUUCUUUUUCAAUGGAUGGAGGCGUAAUGGUGGGCUUCAAGGGGAGGAGUGGAUGGUAUGUGGAUGCAAUUGGCUUCCGAUUGUCCCGUGCCCAGUCAACAAAACUCUAUCAGAAGGUUCAUCGGAAGCUCAAGAAACUCAUGAGCACCUCGUCCCCAUCUUCAGCCCCGAAAGAUGGUGAAGAGCCUGUGUAGACUCACCGAAAGUUAAAAGCCACAAUGAACCCCUAUUUAUGUUCUCAGCAGUCGAGCUGUUUUUCUCAUUAUUGUAUUAGAUCAUUAUCUGUUGAAGUCUGUAAAAUAGAUGGAAUGGUAAUUUGAAGGGACUUCUGUUUCAUAACAAUAAAACAAUUAUAAAGAAGAUGAAGAUCUAUUUAUCAGUUUAAAGAUAA